AUGCAUGAAAACGCCAUGUGGAGACUUCAAUCCGAUUGGCACUCUCCAACUCGCCUCACCACUCCCGUGGAUUACGACUUUCCGGGAGAUCGGUUUAUACCGAACAGGAGUUUGAUGGAUCUUGAUCAAGCCCACAGUUUAUUGACAAAUAGAACUAGUAAAGAAGAGAGCAAACCUAAAUUCAGUGUUGCUGAAUGUAUUUGGUUGUGGCUAGAAGAAUCUCUUGAAAUUAAUCAGUGGUUUCUAGGAUUUCGGGACGAAUAUCGACGCAAGUUGGAGGAGAAUCUGACCUUGGAUUCUGAAGGAAGACCAUUGCGGAUGCUGGUUUUUAGGGGAAGCCCCAAAUCAAGUAGAAAAUCAGGCCGUCUCAUUGAUGAAAUGCGACGCAGUGAUGAGGACCUUAAUAGUUACAAUAAUAAGCACAAACAACAUCGAAGCUUUCCAAAGAGAGAAACUCGGAUACUGGAUGCGCCAAAGAUAAAGGAUGAUUACUAUCUGAACAUCAUGGAUUGGGGGAAGAUCAACAUUGUUGCUAUUGCUCUAGGUUCAGAGUUAUACCUGUGGAAUGCUGAGAAUUCAAAGAUUCACAAAUUGUUGUCUGUAUUCCAAGGGGAUAACUACCCUACCAGUGUAGCAUGGUCAGAUGAUGCCAAAAUACUAGCAGCUGGACAUAUGUUCUCCCAAAUUCUGCUCUGGGAUGCUGAGACUGGCAAACUUGUCAGAAAUUUAGAUGGUCAUGAGAAAAGAGUAGGAACCAUCGCAUGGAAUGAUCACAUUCUGACAUCCGGGAGCCAUGACAAAUCCAUCAUCAAUCAUGAUGUUAGAGCAAGAAACAGUUUGACAUCUCGGUUAGAAGCACACUCCAAGGAAGUUUGUGGCUUGAAAUGGUCAAGGAGUGGCAAAAAAUUGGCCAGUGGUGGCGAUGACAAUGUCGUUCACAUUUGGGAUUCUCUCAAAAUGGGCUCAAACCAUUUUAUGCACCGGUUCAACAACCAUUGUGCUGCUGUCAAGGCUCUUUCAUGGUGCCCAUAUGACUCUGAUGUACUAGCUUCUGGAGGUGGCAUCGCAGAUGGGUGUAUUAAGUUAUGGAACACACAAAAGGGGACAUGCAUUAGCAGCGUCGACACCAAUGCUCAGGCAAGUCAGCUUGCUUUUUNUCUCGGUUAG